UCUGCCCCCGCCUCUGCUUAUAGCCAGGGAUGCUGCUGCCAGCAGAGAGGAGGUGGCAGAGUUGCAGCUGGAGACGUCGCCCUGCCUGGAGUGUUUGCUGAGUGCUUGAAGAAGGAGCCUGAAGGUCCUGGUCAGCCAUCGGAGCGGAGGUACCAUGUCUCAGUCCAAGGGCACAGUGGUGCUUGCCUACAGCGGCGGCCUGGACACCUCCUGCAUCCUGGUCUGGCUGAAGGAGCAAGGCUACGAUGUGAUUGCUUACCUGGCCAACAUUGGGCAGAAUGAGAACUUCGAAGAGGCAAGAAAGAAAGCGCUGAGCCUGGGAGCCAAAAAGGUUUACAUCGAGGACAUCAGCAGGGAAUUUGUGGAGGAGUUUAUCUGGCUGGCAGUCCAGGCCAAUGCCCUGUAUGAGGACCGGUAUCUCCUGGGCACCUCGUUGGCCAGGCCUUGCAUUGCACGUAAGCAGGUGGAAAUCGCCCAGAAGGAAGGAGCUCAGUAUGUCUCCCAUGGAGCCACGGGGAAGGGGAAUGACCAGAUUCGGUUUGAGCUCACCUGUUACGCCCUGUGCCCUAAGAUCAAGAUCAUCGCUCCUUGGAGGAUGCCGGAGUUCUACAAUCGCUUCAAAGGACGCAACGACCUGAUGGACUAUGCCAAGGUACGGGCUCCCUUCCCA